AUGGCCGUUGUGUCUCCAGCGGCAGAGAAGGUGCGGAGGCAUCCAAAGUAUUACCUGAAUGGGGGUGAUGUCCAUUUCCUGGUUGAGAACUACAUCUUCCGGGUUCAUCGAUAUUUCUUCGAACGAGAGUCCCUGUGGUUCCGCGAAAAGCUCGGUGCGCCACCACCACCCGGUCAGGCACCGAAGGGCUCGUCAGAUGUCAACCCGUUCGCCCUCGAUGAUAUCCUUGAAGAAGACUUUUCGAGGUUCCUAUGGGUGUUCUACAACCCGCUAUACUCGGUCUACGAGGCGAACGCGAACGAGUGGAUAUCGAUCCUGAAGCUCUCGCACCAAUGGAGCUUCUCUGAGAUCAAGCAGAUGUCCUGUCGCUAUCUUGAGAGGUAUGAGCUUGACCCCAUCCGAAAGAUCGAGCUCUACCAAGCGUAUGACGUCGACAAGCGGCUGCUCAUCCCGGCAUACACCGCACUCGUCAACCGUGCGGAGCCGCUCACGCUCGAUGACGGUCGCCGGCUCACACUCGAGACCGCGCUGCUCAUCGCAACAGCGCGUGAGUGCGCGCGAGGGAAGUUGGAGGCAGGUAGGCAUACGCCAGUCAGCGCGACGGUCAAACCGGAUGCGAUGGUGGAUAUUAUCAAGGAGGUAUUUAGCCUU